AUGGCAGCUGCUUUCCUUCGACAGCUGAACCAGCUCCUCCAGACCCAGCAGCCCAUCAUGGGAGAUCAAUGGACUUCUCUCUUGGCUGCUCAGAGCGAGGUCGCCAUCAGAACGAUUCGUCAAAGCCACAUCACAGUCGAGGAGGGUGCAGAGAUCUGCAGCUUGGUGCAGCAGGGCCUUUGGUCACACGAGCAGAAGCAGGCCCUGGGUGCAGCCGUCUCCCAGACCUUGGCAGGCAGCACUCCAGCAAAUGCCAAGGCCAAGAAGAAGAACCAGGAAAUUCUCAACUUCUGGGGUUUCUUGGGCGCCGAGGACCGGAGAGUUUUGUCCAGCGACGACACCCUCGUCAUGAGGCUGACUCACACUGCUCAGAUAAUGGCUCGACUGGAGAUGUUCUGGCCAUCAGAACAGUCUGUGGGACACAUCAUCAAGACCCUGCAGAGUUGCAACAAUACUGGCUUGCAGAGCCCCGACGAGUUCCAUUCGGCUGUCGUGUGCCUCAAGAAGAAGGUGAAGACCAUGCUCAAAGAUGCUUCCUGUGGCGAGUUCGUCGCCAAGUACACUCGGCCUGAGGAUCUUCCACCACACACCCGAGAUCGCUUCGCAGAUGCCUUGGGAGGUGAGCUGCCUGGAACAAUGGUGCUGGCCCGUGAUGCUCUUCGUGGCAGUAACAAAAGCCUCUCUUUCCACAAGAGCAACACUGCCAUGGUGCUGGGUGGUCCAGCAGCAGGCCCGGCAAUGCACAUGCCCCACACCAUGCAGGGUAUGAUGCAGUUCUGGGGCAGCAUGGCAGCUAACAUGUUCAACCAGCAGCAGCAAUUGGCGAAGAAGAACGAUGGAUUGCCUGGGUUGAAAAUCUUCGGCGACCCAGCUGCUGCCGCCUCGUCUGGGACGAUGGCCUCCUCGCCUGCUCAACAGCAGGCCUUGCAGCUUCCUACAGUUACCAAUGAACCGGCACAGGGCAGCGGAACAAAGCAGGCCGAGCAACAGGGAGUGCUGGCCAGCAAGGAUCCUGUCAGUGCUGCACAACAUGCAGAUGAAAUGCUUCAAGCUUGGAAGGGCGACAACAAAGGGUUCGACAGCACCGUCGAGGCCGAGGCCAAGGAAAACGAGGCGAAGCACAAGGCAAAUAAGAAGCCCAAGGCUGCAGCCAAGGCCAAGGGUAAAGCCAAGGCCAAGGCUAAGGCGAAGGCCAAGUGCACGGCCAUGAAGUCCCAGCCCAAAGCAAAGUCGCAGCCCAAGGCGAAGGCCAAGGCUGCUUGCAAGGCGAAGGCGAAGUCGCAGCCGAAGAAGGUCCAGAAGGCUUUGCAGAAGUUCACUCGAGAAGAGGUCCGAUGCAUGACUUUGUCGGCUCGCAUCAAGCUGCGACCCAAUGGGUGUAUAAUGUUGGGAGCAUCGCUUGCCACGGAGGGAAAGACCGAAGCGAUCCUGGCAGGUCUCAGUCAGGUCUUGCAGGAACUCAAAGAGCUGCCCGAGUUGCCAUCUGGGACGAGUCGCCGAACACUGAAGCGGGCCCGGGAUGAGAAGACUCGGAGCUACCAAACUGCUUAUGGCGAGAUCCUAUGCGACUUCAAGUGUGUUGCCGAAACUGGUGUGGAGUUUGAAUUUCCUGUCUUGAACCCAGCUGCAAUGCUUGCCUGGGCGACAGAGCGAUGUCGACCAUUUGGCGAGUUCCUGGAGAGGGCCAUGGAUGCCACACCCCCCAGCAUUCUUCAACCAUGGGGAUUGGUGUGGUAUUCCGACGAGCUGGCUCCGGGCAACCAACUCAAGCACUCCAACCGGAGAAAGGUCCAGGCCGUAUAUUGGAGCCUGCUCCCUUUGGGACAGCAUGCAAUGGGUUGCGAAAAUUGCUGGUUCACUCUCUGUGCCAUUCGCAGCUCUCUGGUCGCAGAUCUCGGCGGCAUGACUGUGCUCUUCAGGCAGCUAGCAGCCUUGUUCUUUGAGAGACCUGACUUCAGAAAAGGUCUUGUGUUGCAGUGCCCUGGACAAGCACGUAUGCUCUUUGCCGACUUGAAGAUCAUCAUAUCCGACGAAGCUGCAAUUAAGGCUACCCUUUUCAAUAAAGGAGCCAGUGGGCUCAUAUUCUGUGUUCAAUGCCAAAACGCCGUGGACCACAAAAGCAGCAUUGCUGAAAGGAGUCGGGGCAAUAUGGUGUCCGGCCUGGAAACCGACAUGAGUUGCUUUCGGAUGCACACACCCGAGUCUAUACGAGACACCAUGGACUUCUUGCGAAGGCAAGAGAGGGUCCUCAACAAAGACAGAUUCCUGCAACUCCAAACAGCAAUGGGGUUCAAUUUCAAAGAGGAUGGAUUGCUGGCACAUGCAGCAUACGGGCCUCCGGUCAUCGAGUGUGUGAUGUUCGAUUACUUCCAUGUCUAUUUAGUCAAUGGCAUCUUCAAUGUUCUGACAGGGUUUUUUCUUGGAGAGCUUCACAACCAUGGCUGGAAGCACAAUGACAUUGAUCGCUUCGCAAAUGGUUUUACCUGGCCUUCUCGUUUGCGAGGUGCUGCUGCAAAGGAUAUCUUGCAGAAGCGAAAGCCAAGCGAAACCUUGAAGUGUGGAGCCAGCGAGGCUCUGAACUUUAUGCAGCUGCUGCGACUCUAUGUGCUAGUCUUUGUGCUGCCAAAUUGCAGCAGAGAUAUCCGGGACUCUUGCGAGGUUUGGUUGGCUUUGUGCAAGGUGAUUGAUGCUUUGCAAGCGAUCAAUGCCAAACCUUCAGCAUUUACCCCCCUGCAGUUGCAGCAGCUCAUCAAAAGGCAUCUCGAUCUGGCGAAAAGUCGGUAUGGAGAUGAGUGGUGGGUGCCAAAGUGUCACUUGGCAGGCCAUUUGGCGCUGCAACUGGCCAAGCAUCAGGUCCUCCUCAGCUGCUUUGUGCACGAAAGAAAACAUAAAAUCAUCAAAAAAAUUUCGAAUGAAAUUUUGGAUACAAGCAGAACCUUUGAGAGGAGCAUCCUACAAGAUGUACUCCAUGGUCACAUGGAAAGUCUGGCAGAGGGUGUAUACCUCCCAGGCCAAGGAGUUCGCUUGGUCGACCCUGUGAGACCAGCUCCUGCCAGAUUGCAAACAGAGAUACACAACACGAUCCGGGUCCAGGGUGAAGUCUUCACAGCCAGGCAGGCAGUGCAUGGAGGAAACUUCACCGUGGCUGUCGGCGACUUGGCCUUGAUGGAUCUGGAUGGGGUCACUGCCGUAGGCAAAGUGGCUUAUCAUGUAAUGUGCGAGAAAGUUGUAUGGUCGCACAUUACCUUCUGGACACAUGUCCAUGGCUGUAUGUAUGAAGUCUCCGACGAUUGUGGCCUCGUGCAAACCCGACUGAUCCGGGCCACAUGCCCUUACAGCAUUUCGGGCAAUGCUGCCAUUGUCGCAGUCCCGCAGGUGUAA